AUGGCGGGGAUGACGACUCGGUCGGUUGGAGAACCCGCCACAGCGCCCAGGCGUUACGCCGUCCCGCCGUGGCACAUACACAGCGGGGCAGGAAGAAGCGGCCCCGUUGUAAAACGUAAAAUCUGGUCUGCGAGGACGCCGCGCUUAGAAGUCUUUCUCGCAGGUGCAGGUGCAGGGCCGUCCACCUGGGUCGGCACGGUUAGGCAAGAUGAGCAAGGGGAUUUGCAGGUGACAGCGGCGACAGCUCAGCAGAAACACCGGGACGAUGCCACUGGUGCGCCGUGGUGGGAUAUCCCCAAUCCCGUUCCUGCAUAUCCGAAUACAGCCGGCGGGCAUGGAAGGCAACCCAACGCGGUCGCUACGGGUGCCUCGAGGAUCCGUCCAGCCACCUGA